UUGGCGGAAAUUAAGGAAAAACAACGCAUAGAAAAAAAAAAUCUUUCUUCCAGUCUUCCGAUCAUUGAUAGAACACUCAAUAUUUCCACCUUUCCGUUACAGCAAGAUGAAGCAUCAGUGAUUGAACUAGUAGACAUUGAAGGCAAAACAUAUUCCAUUUUGACAACCACCGAAAACACAUCAAAUAUUAGCAAUAAUUUCCGCGAGUGUUUCAAAGAAGAUGAUAAUAAUUAUGACACUCAUAGUCCAGUCCUAAGCCUCAUUGAAAAAAAUCCGGAUUCAUCAAUCAGUGUUGCUUCAACUUCAACACCAAAAAGAUCCGUUCAGGGUGAUAGGCAAAUUUCUGGAGAACACAAAAUAAAAUGUUCUGUCGGCAACUUCAAUUUGAAAGAGUUGCUUGAGUCGACACUCGUAGGCAAGGCGAUAAUAAAUACAUAUAGGGAAAAAGAAUUUCUAGACACUAGAUGUCAAAGUUACCUGGUGGAACUAAUUACGUCCCAUUUUCUGAGGAAUGAACAGUUCCAAAGACUUCAGAAUGACGAUUUUAAAUACCUAGCUGUUUGCAUCAAUAAACUUUUUCCAAACGAAAAGGAAAUUGUCUAUUUUGUGCCUCCAGUAAAGGUUUGUAACUCUAAACGUGGCAAGUCCGAAAAAUCCAGAGGAAAACUGGUGGAUAGGUAUAAAAAUACUGUUAGUUUUCUGAUAUCGUCUAAUUUACUUCCCAAAAUUCGAAGUGGGAAGAACGAUAUAACCUUUUCGGAAUCUGAAUCAGACAAAAAUAAUAAUGACGACACUGAUGAUGACAACAAAGUUCAUGAAAACUGGCUUCGAAAUAACAUUGAGCCCUGGAAUGACGUUAUAACUCAUUGGGAUAGUUCCCAUGACUUAAGACAAAAAUGGCUAAAUUCUCCAAAUGUUACCAUUGAAGACAUAAAUAGAGAUUUUGAACGUCUGUUCACCAAUAAACAAUCUUCACUUUUUGCUAAUUGGGAAGAAAAGUUUUCUAAACUUUUAGAACUUAGAGGUAACACAUUACGUGAAUAUGAAGCUGUAUUAAAAAAUUUAGCUCAAUCCAAUAGUGUAAAUUCUGACUAUCGUCAUUAUCUUCAUUUGUUACUGCUCCCGUCCUUGCUGCCUAAUAAGAGCAGACUAACAAUAAAAAACAAAUCUGGAAAACCAUUUCAAUGGAAACCGCAAGUUUCUGAAUGCAGAGAAAGCAUUAUUGUGGCUGUGACUUUGCCAGCAGACGUGGAGUUGACUGUGGAGAAUCGUAGAGCAAAAUGUUCUGAAAGAAAAUUGACUUUGCAGCCAUUUUUGAUUGUAGAACUAGAGGAAACCACUGUGAAAUCCGUUCAUGUAAGUGUGCAUAAUACUAUUUAUAAGGUGCCUUCAGUUUUAAAGGGAAUUGAUACCUGUUUUAAUAUCUUCCAUGUAUUGCAUUUGAAAUAUCCAUUUGAAGGCGAACACAUUUGGUUGUUUAUUCAGAUGUGUGUUUACAACAUAGAGCUAACAGAUUUUGACCAUAAGAUUCCCUUUAUUAUGGAUAUAGCGAACAAAAUAGAAAUACUAUCAAAAAAUAAGUGAAAAAUUUUGAAGUUUUUUUCAAAUUGUACAUAUUAGAUAUACAAUUGUUAUUGAAUAAUUAAUUAUUUGGGUCAUAAAAGUUUCAAAUUGCUUUUUUGUUAAACUAGAAUAAAUAAAUAGAAAUCUUGAUUUUGAAUUUUGAUAAGUUAAACAAUGUAUUUAUGCAACCAGUGUGAUAAAGUGUUACCAAAUUCUGAAACUUACCUUUUACAUAUAAAAUGGAUACAUAAGCUAUUAGAGAAAAAAUCUUGUGGAAUAUGUUUUAGAUUAUUUGACAAUAUAUACAACUUAAGAAAACACCUAAAAAAUAUACAUGAUGCACAGAAAAUUUACGACUAUCCGAUUUUUGAUAAUAUUGAUAAAGAUGUCCCGUCUGUCUCUGCAAUAUCUCUGAAUGAGAUUUCCCAAGAAUGUGAAAUUCAAUCUGAUUGUCAAGAUUCAAUAAAAAACUAUCAACCCACUAAUAAUUUUGAAGAUUCAAUUUUAAAUUUCACUGCAAAAUUAUAUAAUAAUAACACCAUAACGAGAAAAACUAUACAAGAGGUUGUAGAAAAUAGUUCGGAAUUAAUUCAGGAUAUAAUUACUAACAUAAAAUGUACUGCAACUGAAUUGAAAUUUAUAAAAGAAGAUGCAGUUCAUGAGUUCAAUAUUUUCUUGGCAAACUUUUCAAUCAAUGCGUUUAUAUCUGAACAUAAACGAUUUAAAUAUUUUGAAAACCAAAAGAGCCUAAUAAAGCCACUUCCAUUUUUGAUUGGAGAAGAGUUUGAUGAUAAUCAAAACGAUAAAGAUGUUAUUCUGUCAAUUAAAAAAUGCGAGGGGCAAAUUAUCAAUAUUUUGGAGGUUCUAAAACAGUUUUUAGAGCUUCCGAAUAUUCUUGAAAGCAUAAUAUAUCACAUAGACAGUGAAACUCGUAGAUCACCAGACAUAAUUUCAUCCCUUUUUAAUGGAAAUUUGUGGCGUAAAAUAAAAAAUAUCAACCAGGAUAAAUUACUUUUGCCUCUACUGGUGUAUUUUGAUGAUUAUGAACCAGGUAAUCCCCUUGGUACACAAGCUGGUGUUCACAAAAUUGGAGCUAUUUAUUUUUCAAUUGGGGGAGUUCCCCCAAAGUUUGCUUCAUUACUAGAUAACAUUUUUCUCUUUGGGCUUUUUUUUUCUUCAGAUAGGGUUAAAUAUGGCAAUAAAUUUGUUCUUAAACCAUUUAUAGAUAAACUUACUUUUUUAGAAAAAAAUGGUAUAAAAGUUGAGUAUGAGGGGAAGUCAGUAUUGGUGUAUUUUUCAUUGUUUUUGCUGAUAGGUGAUAACUUGGGUAUUCACGCAAUGACUGGUUUUUCAGAAAGUUUUUCAGGAGAGUUCUCCUGCAGGGUAUGUUUAUGUGAUAAAACUAUGUGUAAAAAAUUGUCAUUGGAAAAUACUGAACUUUUGAGAAACGAAUUGAACUACAAUGAAGAUGUUAGAAAUAAAGCCCAUGGUGUAAGGGAAUGGUGCUUUUGGAAUCAAUUAUCAAACUACCAUAAUAUUGAAAAUAUAUCAUUUGAUAUUAUGCAUGAUUUAUAUGAGGGUAUCUGUCGGUACGAUAUGGGCCAUAUUUUGUACUCCCUUAUUUAUGAGAAAAAAUAUUUUACACUCGAACAGUUGAACAAGCGAAUUAAAUAUUUUGGCCACAGAGAAUGUGACAUUGGUAAUCGAAUUCCUUUAAUAAAUGAUAAACAUAUUGCCAAACGUCAUAUAAUUAUGUCAUCAUCAGAAAUGUCUGCAUUUGUAGCAUAUUUUGGUUUUUUGGUAGGGGACUUCGUCGAUCCUCAGGAUGAAUAUUGGCAUUUUUAUUACACCCUCAUUCAGAUUAUUCACAUAAUAAUUAAGCCAAUUGUAAAUAAGGAACAACUUUCAUUUCUAGGGCUACUAAUUAAAGAGCAUCACGAGCAGUACAUAUUAUUGUUUAAUGAUAAUCUGAAAAUGAAACAUCACUGGCUUCUUCACUAUCCACGAAUAAUUUCAGAAGUUGGUCCCUUAUGUUACUUAUCAUCAAUAAGAUACGAGGCAUUUCAUAAAAUUGCCAAAACCAACGCUCAUGUUGUUUUUAAUAGGCGGAAUAUUAUUUAUACUCUAGCUAUUCGGCAUCAGUUGAAACUAUCAUAUAGAUUAUUAUCCAAAAAAGGGUUUGAUGACGAGUUGACUAUUGGAGCCAUGGAGAGCCAUAUUUCCGAAAUUGAAGACUUUGACAUUAGCUUAAUUGAAAACAAUGUAACGCACGAAAGCUUUCUAAUUUCAUGGUUCAAACGCAAUGGAAUUAAAUUUUCGAAAAAUAUGUGUAUUCAGAUAAAUAGAGAUGAAUUCGGCGAUCCUGUAUUUGGCUUAAUAAGAUUUAUUAUAUUUACGCCACCUAGAGGUAUUAUAUUUAUUUAUAAUUUAUUAAUGACCAAUACCUUCAAUACUGAUAUUUAUGGUUAUAUAGUUGAUGAAACGUUUGAAUCGUUUAAAAGUAUAGAGUUGCAUCAAAUACAUUGUUCGUAUCCUACAGCUCCACAUAAAAUUGCUGGAAACAAAAAAGCAAUUCACUCUUUUAAACAAGAUUUGUGAAAGUUUAGGUUUAGAGUUACCUACCUUUGUUUAUUCUUAUUAUAGUUUUUUAGAAAAUGUUGUUGAGUUAUUAUUUAAAAGAUGAUAAAUUUAUGUUGUUAUUUUUGCUUGUACCUUUCUUUAUUUUCUUUUUGUUUUAAAGUUUUUCAGAAAAUGUUGUUUAGUUAUUAUUUAAGAAGGUGAUAAAUUUAUGUUAUUAUUUUUCCUUAUACCUUUCUUUAUUUUCUUUUUUUUUUGAAGUUUUUCAGAAAAUGUUGUUUAGUUAUUAUUUAAGAAGGUGAUAAAUUUAUGUUGUUAUUUUUGCAUUUUUUGUAAUAAAACUAUAAAAAAAUAUUAUUUGUGUAUCAUUCAACAUCCAAAGCUCCAGAAUAUGCACAAGUUAGGAAGGUAUUAAAUUGAAAAUACCAUGCCUUAUUAAUAAAGUCACAACUUUUAUUAUGAGUUAACAUCUAUGUAGCGCUGAUUUAUAUCAUAAAGUUUCCAGAAAUACAUGCUAAAUCUUCAGUAUCAAUAGAAAAUGCAGGUAUAUUUUUAAGAAAGUCAGGAUGACUUGACUAUUAAUGCAAGAUGAUGUUAUCUUAAGCUCUCAAUGGAAUUAAGAUAAGCUCAAGUUACUUUGAGAAUUUCAACUGCAACACGUCUUCAUAGUAAAGACCCAUAACUUACCUCAUAUCCGAAGUUCCAACUACUUUAUUAUAAAGAAGUUGCAGUCAUAUUUAUAGCUAAGUUUUUUCAGUGUAU